GAGUGUGGCCCGCCAUGGCCCGCGAUGCUCAACGGUGGUGAGUCCGCGCCGCGGCUCCGGCGCCAGCACGGCUUCCAGCUGCCGCUGCACCCGCUGCAGGUCUCGGGCUGGCUGGCCCUGGCCGUGCUCUCCGUGGGCGCCUUCCUGGUGCUGGUGCCCGCGCUGCCCGCGCACGCGCAGCCCGCCUGUCUCGCCGCGCUCUCGGCGCUGCUGCUGCUGCACCUGGCGGCCCACCUCGCCGCCGCGCUCCUCGACCCCGCCGAGCCGGCGCUGCGGGCGCGCCGCCCCGAGCCCGUGCCCCAGCUGGACCGCGCCAAGCACGCGCACGUCAUCGAGGAGGGCCGCUGCCACCUGUGCGGCAUCCGCACCACCGGGGCCAGGACGAAGCACUGCAGCGCGUGCAACAAGUGCGUGGAGAGCUUCGACCACCACUGCAAGUGGCUGAACCACUGCGUGGGCGGCAGGAACUACGCGCCUUUCCUGAUGUGCGUCUCGACGGCGGUGGCGGCCGCCGCGCUGGUGGCGAUACUGGCCAUUGCGGAGCUGGCGCUCCACCACUCGCACUGGCUGGACACGGAGAAGCUGCAGGGCCUCCUCACGUCGGAGAACUCCACCGCGGCCCCGCACGGUUCGUCGCUGCCCACCGGCGACGCCGCCUUCCUCGCCGUGGUGGCCGCCCUCGGCAUCCUCGCCGCCAUCACCGCCGGCCUGCUGCUGCACCUCUGCUUCUUCCACAUCUACAUCUCGUUCCUGGGCCUCACCACCUACGAGUACAUCCGGCAGCAGCGCCAGACCCAGAACCAGACGCCCUCGCAGUCGCCGCAGAACGAGGAGGAGCCGAGUUUCCGCUGCCCGACGCUGCGCCACCGCCCCGCCAACCUGCACUGCGACGGCCGCACCAGGACCACCGUGGUCACGUGUACGGUCCUCGAGGAGACGUUCUCGAAUUGUGCGGAGCCCACGCCGACGCCGCCGUCGACGCCGCAGGACUGCCAAGUGUGCGUGAGUAACUCGGUGGCGCCGGAGGCGGCGCGCCCGCCCCCGAAGAGGGUGAAGACCAAGUGGAACUGCUGCUUGGCGGUGCCGGAUAGCCCGGACAGCCCGAACGAGCCGAGGUGCUUGAUGAACAUUUGCAAGCACAAGAUGAAGAAUAAGGGGAUCCCGGCGAUCGAGGGCAGGCCGAGGACGCACGGGCAUUGGUCGAGUGCCAAGUUAAGAGUGCUUUUUAGAGUUUUAGGUAAUUUGGGGCACAACCGCCGACGGAACCAGUCCCAGUCCCAAGUAGCUAGAAAUAACCAAGUGGUGCCUGUAUCGAAUGAAUCAUCGAACAACCCUCCCGAGGCGGUCCAGACCGUCAACAACCUAGUGCCAGUGCCGUGCUAUCCCGAAGUGUCUCGUCGCGCCAACGCCCUUCCGGCGCUGCCCAACCCCCCCAGGCGCCGCCUGGUCAGCGAGAUGGAGCUCGCCAACGCCCUCACCAUCCUCCAGCAGCAGCAGCAGCGCUGCAACCGGCGUCCCAUGUCCCAGUACAGGCGGAGAAGACGCAGUGUGGUGCAUCGUCCCAAAACCCCGGCGCUCUCCCCCAUCCGGGAGAGCGGCCUGUCCAAUCCCGCGUCUCCGUCCCAUCAGAACUGUACCGUGGCCGCCAUCAGCGGCGCGUGCACGCGUCCAUUUUGAACGGACCCUUCGCCAGUGUGCCCUUCAUCAACAUCGUGCCAAAUACCGGAAGUACAAUCGAUUGACUAAAGUUCUCGCUAGCGUCCCAUCCUGGAGUGAUGUAGGUAGUUUUUUAUACGGGGUGUUGGGGUCGAGAUCGACGGGCUGCCAGGACCCGGACGGUAGAAACAUUCUAUGAUGAUAAUAAUAAUAAUAAUAAGAUCAUCAAUUCUAAAUAGAUUUAAACAACUGUUUAUUGUUGAUCUGAUCUACCGCAACACCAUUUAUACAUACAUACCUUUAAAGUACAUAUUUGAAAAUUACCUACUGUAGUCGCAAUAGCAUACUGAAUGUUUGGAAAUUGUACUAGUGUGAGUUCCGUCCUUAGUAACAGUUGGUUUACCUACGAGUGAUCGUACUGACGCGACCUAGAUAACCAAAGACACCCAUGAGUCGUAAAUCCUGAUGCGGGACUCUCGACCUAUGUCUCGCCACAAUCGUGUAACCUCUCACGCGAUUUAAAGGUUAACAAAGAUACGACAUCCGUCGCUGCAGUCUUGUUUAUUCAGAAAUAGAAUGAAUGUGAAAAAUAACAGUUCUAUUGAUUAAAUAAUGAAGAAUAAUUCGUUCGCGCUUGAUCCGCGUUAAAAGUUUCCAGAAAUAUGACAGACUUGUUUCCGCGAGUAUUCUUAGUACAGAGUCUUAUCAAACGCUUUCUGGUCGUUUCUGCGUCUGGCUAACGAUAUCAAAACAGAAAUUUGUUCAGGGUAGAACUGGAAUAUCAAAAAUUCAUUAAUAUCAACGUACAUGUUUUAUUUCAUGAAAGAUUCAUAUCGUCUUGAAACCAGUAAUUUGUUUUUAAAUUGCAACAUUAAUGAAAGUGAAACGUAUUUAUUAUGAAUGU